CCCCCCACCUCACUCUCUCUCUCCAACCAACAACUAACCCCCUCCAGUGCAGGUCCCCCCAUGAAAGUGUAGAGGAGAAAGCUGACAUGGGAAAGUACAUGAGGAAGGCCAAGACCGCCGCAGCAGAGGUGGCGGUCUUAGACGUCGCCGCCCCUGCCGCCCAGUCUUCUCUCGGCGUCCGCACCCGCGCCAGAACCCUUGCCUUGCAGCGCCUCCAGAAAUCUGCCUCCGCCGCUGCUUCGGCGCCGCCUUCUCCCCCUGGGACUGGGUCCUACCUCCAGUUGCGGAGCCGCCGACUCGAGAAACCUCCAAUUGCGGUCACCACCGAUUCGAAGAGGCAGAGGCAACAAAUCCACAAGGAGACGUGCGUGCAAAACCCUAGCCCCGGGAAGGGUUCCAGGUUGAAGGGUGCCUUUGUGAAUUCCGCGUCUGUUAAGAAAUCGGUCGAGGGGACUCGUUCCGAGGCUGAGAAAGUUAGCCCUCAAGAGGAAGAGAAUCGGGAGAAGUGCAAUGACGAUGUUGAAGCUUCUUUUGGAGAGAAUGUCUUGGAAUUUGAAGGUAGAGAGAGGAGCACCAGAGAAAGUACACCUUGCAGCUUGAUAAGAGAUCCAGAGAGCAUUAGAACCCCUGGUUCUACCACAAAGGCCACCAGCUCUACUGAAGCCCACAGGAGCGUGCAGAAUUCCGUGCAAAGGCACAUCCCAAUGGCACGCGAAAUGAAUGAAUUCUUCGCUAAUGAAGAAGAAAAGCAACAAAGACAAUUUUUGGAGAAGUACAACUUUGAUCCUGUGAAUGAAAAGCCCCUUCCUGGACGCUAUGAAUGGGUGAAGCUGGACCCAUAGUUACUAUUCCAGCAAGACUGAUUUUCCUGCAAAUUCAGGGUUGAUCUUUAGCUUAGCAUAGUUGAAAACAUGUGCAGGAAUCGUUUCAGUUUUCUCGGUGAUGGUGGUACAUUCCAUUUUCCGUCACCUUUUUUACUUGUAAAGAAGAAGUAGGUCUGUCAAAGGAUAGAGGUGUGCAGACUAGACUAAUGAUCUGUAACAUUACAAAGCUUGUUAGUAAAACAAGCAAUACAACUAGAUCCUUUGUCUAACAGAUCAUCUGAGGGGGAAAGGGAAAGAGGAGGGGGUUUUAGGGUUAGGUUUCAGUGAAUUAGGUCAGAGUUGGGUUUGGGUGGUACAGAAACGACGUAGAUGGUGGUGGGUUCGUGUUGCAUCUUGUAUUUUCCUUUCCCUUGGCUGUCUAUACUUGUAGUAGAAGUACUGAUGGAAUUCUAAUGAAUAAAAAUGAUCCGUUUCCCUUUCUCUA